UCUAACCCCCAAUUUUAACACCCUAAUAUAUCUCUUAAAACACUAAUCAUUACAACUAAAAGAAAAAAAAAAAGUAGAAAGAAAAGAAUAUCAUGCAUCAUCUCAAAGGCUCUUUCUUCAUCAAUUGCUGACACAAAAUCUUCCAUUUUUUAUUUGAAUCAAAAACACUUAGAGGGUUGUCUUUGAUCAAAAACUAAGAGUUCAAUCCCUUACAUAUAUAAUUUUUUUUAUGUGUAAUUAGUCAUGUCAAUGUGAUUAGAGAAAUCUGUCAAACUGGGUCGCCUAAAGAAAGGAGACGUAUCAACAAGUUUUAAUGGAGGUGGAAAGAAUUUUACAAUUGUUAAUAUUGAAACAUAAAGGACAUAAUUCUUGUGCAUCUCUCGUGGGUGGAAAUCAUACAGCAGCCAGGUUUUGUACUCGCUAGGUUUAUUUCUCUCUUCUAAUCUCUUUAUAAAAAAAACAUAAUAUACAUACCCUAAUAUUUUCUUUGCAAUUUUAGCUAUUUUUUCCCUACAUUUUCAUAAAAAAAAUAAGCCUUUUUAUGCUUGUUUUAUUCUUCAUUAUUAUUCCCUUCUACAUCUUAAUUUUUGUCUUUUGUAUUUGUCUCGUCAGCUAUCUUUUUUUCAUCGUUGAUCAGCAAGCUCCAACUCCCGCCAACCCCCCACCAUUAUAGCACAUUUGUGCUCGAAACAACCAUACAUACAUACAUACAUACAUACAUACAUACAUACAUACAUACAUACAUACAUAUCGAAAACACACACAAAAAAAAUUAAAAAACAAUGCAACUCGAAAACAUGAACAUGGAGUUACCUUACACGUACAACAAACACAACAAUGUACAUGUCUUACAUGGAGAUCAUUCGUCUAGAUUAUUUGUUAUCAUUCGACAUUCAGAAUCGAGGGUGCUCAUGAAAAUCCUAGCUCAAGCUUUGCUACUUGCCCUCCUUAUCAUGGUAUUAGCCGGUGUAUGUGGAGGAACCAAUGCUAGAGAAUAUGAUAAUAUUGUCUUACCAAGCAAAAAUAAUGUUAAGUUGAUCACAAAUAAUAUUAAUAGUAACAAUAAUUAUAAUAAUAAUAAUAACGCCUUGGUUUUUCAAGAUAUUGCUAACGAAGGAUUAUGGAAAUCAACAAAGGAUAAAUCCAUCAUUGUUAGUGACACCAAAGAACAAAUAGUGAUCGAGGCAACGAAUAAGGUUAAAUUUAGCCUUACAUUAUCACCUUUAGACGUGAAAUACAAGUCCAUACACAAUGAUACAUUCGAUUUCUCCUACACCGAUUGCUUUGGAAGAGCAAUUGAAGGUUUCCUAGACCGAACCCUAAAGAUAGGUGGUGUCAUGGCGGUCCAACUUAGUCGAGAUCCAUCGAUGUCAUUCGAGGUGCCACCAAAUUACAAAAUUGUUUAUUUUAGGAAGUGUAACAAUUCAACAUUUAUCGCGAUGAGAAAGGUGGCCUAUGCUACUACAAUAAUGUCAUCGAGAUCAGCCUGUCAAAGGAAGUUGUUACAAUUCUUGUCGGAGGAAAAAAAGGCAGUCCUAGGCAACCUCGAGGAUGUUCUCUUAGAGCCACCGCGAUCAGCCACAGGAAAGUCUAAGGCAUACCUAAGAAAAACAAAAUUUCUUCCGGAUCUAUUGAAUGACUCUUUGGAGGGUUACUCUAGGAGAGUGUACAUUGAUGUAGGGGGUGGUCAUGGAUCAACACGUUGGUUCGAGCAAAACUACCCUACUCGAAACAAGGACUUUGACAUGUAUAGGAUCGAGACUGUCCCUGAGACGGAGGUGGAAUCGGAUGAUGCAUGGGAAGGACCACCUACACAAAUGGGGAUCUCGGAUUGGUUGUGGAGGAAUGUUAAGGCCGAGGAGUACGUGGUGAUGAAGGCUGAUGCCGAGGUGGUGGAGGAGAUGCUAAAGAGUAAGGCUAUCGCGCUUGUGGAUGAGCUCUUCUUGGAGUGUAAGCCUAUUGGAAAAGGCGGUAGUAUCAAAAGGGCUUAUUGGGAAUGCUUGGCUUUGUAUGGAAGGUUAAGGGAUUUUGGUGUUGCUGUGCACCAAUGGUGGGGGUAAGGUUUAGACAAAGAUUAUGAUUCAUUCUUCUCAAUGAUCAAAUCUAUGUUAUAUGUAUUUCUUUGUGUUCAUUUGGUUUAAAUCAUAUCAAUGUAAUUAAUAAUAGGUUAAAUUCUUUCAUUAUGUUUGCAAAAUUUAUAGUGCUAGUAUGUAAUCGAUCAAUUGUUCAUGAAAUGGCACAAGUGUACAUCUCACAAGUCUACUCAUAUUAAUCAGAAUUAUGUGGUUAUAUAUGUAACUCGCAUAAUUAAAUCUCAUAUUUAUUUGUUAUGU